CUUCUUGUUCUUCAGUGCUAACCAAAAUGGCGGCGAGUUUGGGAAGGUUACUGCACUCCUCGGGAAAUUUGCUACGGAACGGGGCUCGUCUUAAGUGCCAGCCUCUCCACACUGCUGCGAGAGCUCUUUGUUCCAACACUUCAGGUGGACUGACUACCAUACGGCCCAAAGAUGAAGUGAUGAAGAACCAGCUGACAGUGUUUGGGGAGUACGUGGCCGAAUGUCUACCCAAGUAUGUGCAGACGGUCCAGGUUACCGCCCAAAAUGAACUUGAGGUGUUGAUUGCCCCAGAGGGAGUUGUUCCUGUCCUGUCCUUCCUGAAGGACCACCACAACGCCCAGUUUGGGUCUCUGGCUGAUAUCGCAUGUGUGGACAUCCCCACCAAGCCUUACAGAUUUGAGCUGGUGUACAUUCUGAUGUCCCUCACCUACAACUCCCGCAUCAGGGUCAGGACCUACACAGACGAGAUUACCCCCGUCGAGUCCUGCUACUCUGUCUUCAAGGCAGCCGACUGGUACGAGAGAGAGGCAUGGGACAUGUACGGGGUGUACUUCUCCAACCAUCCCGAUCUGCGGCGGAUUCUAACAGACUACGGCUUCGAGGGUCAUCCAUUCAGAAAGGACUUUCCACUCAGUGGCUAUGUAGAGAUAAGAUACGACAACGAACUGAAGCGGAUUGUCCAGGAGCCGGUGGAGCUGGCGCAGGAGUUCCGCAAGUUUGACAUCUCCAGCACCUGGGAGACCUUCCCAGCACACAGGCAGGGCUCUAAACCACUCAUGGACACCCAGGGCAGGGGCCACGAGGCACCGCCAGAAGAGACACCAGCAGAGGAGAAGAAAUAAGGAAAACUUUGUGCGCUUACUUUCAACGCAAUUAUAGUGUGAGCAAAAUGUUCUAAUACCAACUCUCUGAUGUAAGUGUGGAUACUUAAACAAAGAUUCAACCUUGAGAAAAUGUGGUGAUGAAUUGUCAGGUCUAAAUAUCCUGUAAUUGCAAAAGGAACUACAUAUGCAAGCUUUUGCUUUUGACCAAGUAGUGGCCACAUACCCUUGUAUUAUCACACUUAGAAGACAUGUAAAUAAAGGUGCCCAGAGAGACUUGGA